AUGUCAAGAAAAAAAGCCCAUAAAUUCACUAAUUAUAUUGAGAUCCUUGAUGAUAAGGCUGAUGAAUGGAGGAAUUAUGCAAUUUGUUGUGCAUGCCGUGAUACUGUCGGUAAACCAGCUGCCAUACUUCAAAGGUUUCCAAAUAAAAGUGACAGAGUAAAAAAUCACCUAAAAAAAUGUAAGCAUUUUAUUGAAGAACAAGGUGGUAUAGAAAUGGCGUUCAAAAUAUUAGAUAUAAAGUUUGUAGAAGCAGGUGAAAAUUCAGAUACGGAUACACUCGCUUCUAAGUUUGACCCUCUUGAACCGUUAGAUGAUGAUUCUUUAUAUCUUCCAGAAAAUAUUACAUCAAUUCUUUUAGAUGAAAGUUGGUGGCACUUGGAUGAUAAGGAGUUAUGUAAUUCUGAAGAAGAAUCCGAAGCCGAACUCUCUUCUGAUAUUGAAGAACUCUCUUCUGAUAUUGAAGAACAACCAUCUAAUAAAAAAGAUCGUGAAGAAUUGAAAGGAUUGAAGGAUGAUGAGGACUUAGACAAAUAUGUUGAAAAUUUUAAUGGUUUUGUUGAUGAGUGGGAAGAAUUACUUGAUCAAGAAGAAAAAGCGCAAAGAGAUGCAGACGCCGAUUUGAAUUAUGAUCUAGAAGUGGAUAUCGAUGAUUAUCUACUUAAUCAAACACAUCCUGCAAUGGAAAUUGAAGCUAAAUGA